UCGCUUCAGUUCAAACUUCCUCAACUCCUAUAAAUCUCUCCCCAAGUCUCAACUCCAUCUAUCCAACGUCUCUCCCCACUAGGCUCAAAUGUCUGCCAAUAAAAUGGGAUGUAGUAUAACUUUAUUCCUUCCUUUCCUACUUGCUGGAAUAAUCUCCUCCGCCACCGCCCAGAACUGCGGUUGCUCGCCGGACCUCUGCUGCAGCCAGUGGGGCUACUGCGGCACCGGCAGCGACUACUGCGGCACGGGCUGCCGCGAGGGCCCAUGCGAGUUGUCGCCGCCCACCAACGACGUCUCGGUGGCGGAUAUCGUCACGCAGCAAUUCUUCGAUGGAAUUAUUAAUCAGGCGGAUAACGGGUGCGUCGGCAAGAGCUUCUACACGAGAGCUGCCUUCCUUGAUGCUCUCGACUUCUACCCCAACUUUGGCCAGGUUGGCACCGUGGAUGAUUCCAAGAGGGAGAUUGCAGCCUUCUUCGCUCAUGUCACCCAUGAGACCGGACAUUUCUGCUACAUAGAAGAGAUCGACGGCGCGUCGAAGGACUACUGCGACAAGACCAACACACAAUGGCCAUGUGUUCCAGGGAAAGGGUACUAUGGCCGUGGUCCAAUUCAACUAUCCUGGAACUUCAACUAUGGUCCUGCAGGAAAAAGUAUUGGAUUCGAUGGCCUGAAUUCACCUGAAACUGUGGCUAACGAUGCUGUUAUAUCAUUCAGGACAGCUUUGUGGUAUUGGAUGAACAAUGUGCAUUCACUCAUAACUUCUGGCCAAGGAUUUGGAGCUACGAUUCGAGCGAUCAAUGGUGCUCUUGAGUGUGAUGGCAAGAACCCAGAAACAGUUAAUAAACGCGUCGGAUACUAUGAGGAUUACUGCAAGCAAUUUGGUGUGGAUCCAGGAGCUAACCUUACUUGCUAGACGCCAUUAUGAUUUACCAAGAGCUCCAAGUCCAUUGCAUGUUAAAUGGGGGGAAAUAAAUAUUAAUUUAAAAUUACUGAAUAAAGUCUACCUAGCUCCAAGUCCAUUUGUGUGUUAAAUGGAGGGAAAUAAAUAAAUAUUCCUAUUCUUCUUCUUAAUGUGAAA